AUGAUCGGACUCUCUAAGCAAUACCCGCUCCUCAAAUUGGGACUUGAUGCUGCUGUUAAGCCAGAGUACAAGGCUAAGUUCGACGCUGUUGGAAAGCAAUGCUUUGUGGCCGAUAUUCUUUCGUUCUUGGGACAGGACGUGGUUGGAAUGCUCAAAGACCCUGCCAUCUUGACACAAGAACCCGCCAAGAGCAUUUUAGACGAGAAUGCUCUCGGUAAACACAGCCCCAGCAUCCCUCUGUUCAUUUACAAGUCCAUCCAGGAUGAAGUCAGCCCCAUCAAGGAUACUGACGAUCUUGUCAAGCUCUACUGCUCGGGCGGUACCAAGGUUCAAUACGAUAGAGACUUGCUCUCAGAGCACGGUUCGCUCGCCAUCAUUGGAGCUGGAAAGGCUCUGGCGUGGUUAAAAGAUACCAUGAAUGGCAGGAAAGGGCCAAGCCAGUGCUACAAUACGCAGAAUAAAUAG